AUGAACAACUACAUCUCUCACUGGUGGCACGGCUCGCGCCAAGCUUCAAACUCCGGUCGUCAUUUCAGCGGCCCUCCUCCCGUUCCUGCAGGAAACUACUUCCCUGGAACCCAUCCUGCCGACGCUAACGUUGUUGGCCCAACGCGCGGCCGACGCCUCAGGGACCCAUGGUCCUACGUCCUAUCCCCCAGGUCCCCUCGUGAUUCUACUCGCUAUCAUGGGUCAAUGCAUACAGAGCCAUUAUCCCCUUCUCUCGUCCCCGGCGCACCGCUCAUGAGAAACAAUAAACCACUACCAGAGACGAGCCUGGAGUCACUAGGCUUUUAUCCAGAACCACCUCCGCCCCCCGAGCUAGCUAUUCACGUCUCCGAUCCCAUGGGCCCCCAAGAUAUGGAUUUGAUACGUGCAGAGGUUGCGCACUUCAUCCAGACCAAAUCCAAGAGGGUCAACAAUACCCUUACCUUCGCCUGGACGAAAGGGAAGAAUCUCAGAGGACGAAUAAUCUUUCAAAAACUCUUCGAGAAACUCAACCGCACGUUUCGUGUGGAUCGCCGGACAAUACGCCCCCUAGAAUCCUUCGAGCGCAUGACAUUCACUAUCCCAGAGAAAGUCGAGGACCUCGAGCCGUGGGACGUAUCAUUCGACGACGAUACUACAACAACCGACUGCAUUGAUUUCUCCAAUGCGACGAACCUUCGCGAAUUCAUUUGGGUGGGGAACUUUUCCUUGCUUGCAUACAAGUGUAUCGGAAUUCCCUUUCACAAUCUCCAUACCCUCAAGAUCAUUGGAUUGUCCAUGUCCGUCGAUGAUGCGAUUUCUAUUCUUCACUCAUCCCCGAACCUCGUUUGCGCCGAGCUGGGCAAUGUUGACGACGCUGCCUCCAGGAGAAUAAACCCUAGCACCCUGAAGGCCAGUGCACAAACCAGAGUUCAAUUUGAACAACUGCGGAAUCUUACGAUAUUCACCAAAGAGUCCAUUGACCGAAUUUUAGGCAAAGUAUAUUGGACGACUCUCGACAACUUGACUCUUGCGCUUGAUGGUAGAGGGCUCGUUCGAGUGCCAGCAAUCCUUCCGAGUCUUUCUCAUGUGGCUAGAGUCAAAAACUUGACGCUCGUCUUGGCAGAUGGUCUUCCGGUUGGUGAUGCAGAGAGGAUAAGGAUGCUAUUGAAGAAUAUUACAGUGAAAUUGAUUCGGAAGUGA